AUGUCUAGUUCAGGGGGCAGCAACGCCAAAAAGCCACGCAUUGACUCGAACAGUCUGCUUUCGGCUAUACCAUCUCGAAUGCCAUUAGCAAAUGGACCUAGUAGCUCAGGCGCUCGUCCACUUGUUGCAUUACUUGAUGGUCGUGAUUGUUCAAUUGAAAUGCCAAUCUUAAAAGAUAUGGCAACUGUAGCUUUUUGCGAUGCCCAAUCAACAACUGAAAUUCAUGAAAAAGUUCUAAAUGAAGCAACAGCAGCUUUAGUUUGGCAUGCAAUAACAUUGAAAAAAGAAGAUUUAGUCAAAUUUAAAGCUUUAAAAUUAAUUGUACGUAUUGGUGCAGCUUAUGAUAAUAUUGAUAUAAAAGCAGCUGGUGAACAAGGUAUUGCCGUAGCAAAUAUUCCAUCACAAUCUGUAGAAGAAAUGGCUGAUACAACAUUAAGUAUGAUAUUAAAUUUAUAUCGUCGUACAGCAUGGUUAGCUCAAGCAGUUAAAGAAGGUAAACGUGUAUCAACACCGGAACAAAUUCGUGAAGUUGCAUCGGGUUGUGCACGUAUACGAAAUGAAACAUUAGGUAUUGUUGGACUUGGACAAGUUGGUAUGGCUGUUGCUUUAAGAGCAAAAGUGUUUGGUUUCAAUGUUGUCUUUUUUGAUCCUUAUCUAUCUGAUGGAAUUGAUAAAGUUUUAGGUAUCACUCGAAUAUUUACAUUACAAGAUUUACUUUAUCGUUCUGAUUGUGUUACACUUCAUUGCUCACUUAAUGAACAUAAUCAUCAUUUAAUUAAUGAUUUUACAAUAAAACAAAUGAGACCUGGUGCAUUUCUUGUUAAUGUAUCACGUGGUGGUCUUAUUGAUGAAUCUGCAUUGGCUAUUGCUUUAAAAGAUGGUCGAAUUCGUGGAGCUGCAUUAGAUGUACUAGAAAACGAACCAUAUAAUUUAGCUGCUGGUCCAUUGAAAGAUGCUGUAAAUUUAAUAUGUACACCACGAACAUCAUGGUAUAGUGAAGCUAGUUCACAAGAAAUACGAGAGAAUGCAGCACAUGAAAUACGUCGUGGUUUAUCCGGAAAAUUGCCUGGUUCACUUCGAUAUUGUGUUAAUCGAGAUUAUCUUAAUGUACCACGUUCAGCUUAUGAUAGUGGUCUUAAUGGAUCAUCACUUUCUUCAUUAAUUCCAUUAGCAGCACCAUUUCUAUCAUCACCCGGAUAUCUCUUAGGUGAUGCAUCAAGUGUAGGAUCAAUACCACCACCAGUCUUACCAACAUCACUUCAACAACAAUCAACAAGUUCAUCAACAGCAAAUGCAACAUCAAGUAGUAGUACACCAUCAUUACUUUCCGCUGCUGGUAGCAGUUCACCUGUUGUAGUGCCUGUUAGUAUUGGUGAGUCAGCAUUACAAGCAGCAGCUAAAGCUGCAGCUGCUUCACUAGGUAAUAAUAACGGCGGAGAAUCAACAGGUGGUGAUUCAAUGCAUUAA